AUGAGUCAGUAUGUUGACCAGUUCUCUGUUGUUACAGUGGGAGGAGAGACCUCAGAUACAGACCCCACACUUCCACUGAGGAGGAGACACAGCAUGGAGUUCAUUCCUCCAUAUAUGGGAGGAGAGAGCAGCAGUCCAGACUCCCCAGUGUCUCCCAGUGUGUCUGAGCUGAGACUGGUGCUGCUGGGGAGGACUGGGGCUGGGAGGAGUGCAGCAGGAAACACCAUCCUGGGCAGAGAGGAGUUUGGGGCCCAGGCCAGCCCCUCUGCAGUGACCCAGAGGAGUAAGAGGAGAGAGGGGGACGUGUGUGGGAGACGGCUGGUGCUGGUGGACACUCCAGACUGGUUCUGUCCUGGAGUCUCUCUGGAGGAGAUGAGACAGGAUGUGGGGCUCUGUGUCCGUCUGUCUGCCCCGGGACCCCACGCCUUCCUCCUGGUCAUACCAGUGGAGCCCUCUAAGGGGGAGGAGAGAGGGGUGCUGGAAAGAAUGGAGGAGAUGUUUGGGGAGGGGUUUUGGGGACACACUGUGAUAAUAUUCACCCAUGAUGAUGGACUGAAAGAGCAGAGCAUUGAGGAGUUUCUCCAAGCAGGAAGUCAGGACCUCCAGCAGCUUGUAGAGAAAAGUGGGAGCAGGUACCACGUCCUCAACAUUAAGGACAGGGCCCAUGGCACUCAGGUAUCAGAGCUGCUGGAUCAGGUAGAGGAGAUGGUGGCAGGAAACAGAGAGAGAUUCUACAGCAGUCAGACCUACCAGGAGGCAGAGGACCAGGUUAGAGAGAUGGAGGGAAAGAUCCAGACAGAGAGAGGAGGUAGGAAACAGAGGGAGGAGAGAGACUUGAGAGAGAGGCUUGAGAAGGAGUUGCAGGACUCUCUGAUAAAGAUAGAGGGAGUGAUCCAGGAACAUGAGGGAGAUAUCAGAACACUCAGUGAAAGAACCAGUGAACUGGAGAGACAGGUGAAAGAAGAGAGAGAUGAGGAGAAGAAAAAGAGCUGGAGAGGGAGCUGAAGAGGGAGUCUGAUA